GAAAGACCAACGGCCAUAUUGUAAAAAUUGAUAACACAAAGUGCUGACAUACCUAUUUAAUUUUCCACGACUAUCAGUAUUCAGUGUGUAAACAACAAUAUCGGAAUUCGUAAGACGGAAAGUCUUCCCGGGCAACUUGUAGAUAAUUUCUACAUAUAGCACAUCGCUGCGUACUUACCGCUAAAACAUUAUUAUUUAUAAAUCAAAUUAUCAAUAAGCGACGAGUCUAAUACAAUAUCCGUUACCUACUUGCAAAAUUUGAGAAUGGAUAUUUUCGGAGAUUCAAACUUGAUAGUACCCUGUGAAACGGAAUGGGGGAAAUGGUGGCAGACUCUGGAAGAGGUACACGUAGAAGUCAAUGUUCCUAAAGGAACAAAGUCGAAGGAAGUGAAAGUUGACGCGACCAACACAGACAUUACUUGCAUUGUAGCCGGUAAAACCAUAUUUUCGGGCAAAUUGUUUAAAAAAAUCAAAGGUUCUGAACUAAUUUGGAGUCUUGAGGACGGUGGUGCGUUAUUAAACAUUUUACUUGUGAAAUUGAAUUACGCAGGGGGUGAAGAUCCAUGGCCAUCGUUAAUGGGAGAUUUUCGGUAUAAAUUUGAACAAAACGCUUAUGAAGAAAUGAAAAAGAGCACAGAAAUGGAAAAGUUAAAAGAACAGGUUAUGAAUCGUAGUAUUUAAUUUAAAAAACACUAUAUUUUUUCCAAACUUUUCUUCUUUGUUCAGAAUGUCUCAUGUAUUAAUUUUUAAGAGUGUAUUUUAUUUUAGUCAUUUGUUUAGUUGUAAAAAAUAAUAUAAAUAUAAGAUUCUAAUUUAAGAUAUUUUUUUUCUUUUUUAAUUAUGUUCAAUUCAUAAUAAUGUUUUACAUACAAAUUGUAUACCAAAUGUAAAAAAAUCAUAUAAUAAAAAAAAAAACAAGGACAAAA